AUGACAGACUUCGACACACAAUUAGAUUACGCAUAUGUCAGUAGGUAUUCCUGUCAAACGAUAAGAUGGACUAGAGUCAGUAAACCUAAUGAGUUCACCGAUGAUGCCAAGAAAUGUGCGAAAGUUCUAAUGAGCAUAAUUCAAACAUUCCACCGUGAUUUGUAUGGACUGUUCUAUGACAUAGACGAUAACGACGCCGCUGCAGAUCAAAUUAAUGCACAUGCUGCCUUUCUAGGCGAUGCUCUGCAAGACUACGGUUACAUAUUAGCAACGGAAUUUGAGAAGCAGGACGGUGAAUUGUUCAAUGACAGUAAGACUAACGGCGAGAAAAUUAAGACACUUCUCAGUGGGCUCACGAAUAGCAAGAAUGACAGCGUCCUUAAUCAUCUUAACAAUUUCCUCACUUUAUAUUACAAGGUUUCUCACCUUAGAACCACGUCGUCGUCAAGUGCUAAAUACCCCUGCACAGUUAGAGACAUGUUGGCGUGGCUUGGUGGUUUGCCGUAUACCACCGUGUCGACAAAAAUUAAGCAGCAUUGUAAAGACUUAAUUGAUGAUGACAAAUAUAAUAAUGAUGACAUCCUUAAAACCGUGCUUACGAAUAUAGACCUUCGCGUCACUGCAGCCUGUAGAAAUGCUUACGAUGUCCUCACCGCAAUACAGGGCCACGGUCACGGUUCGCAAACCGCUGACUACCCAUAUGCCUACAAUUUACUAGACAAUUAUAAGAACUUCCAUUAUCCUUCGAAGGCGAAGGCAACGGCUGGCGUGAUUGCUGGUACGGCGGGGGCAUUGCACCAUCAAAUUGGCCAUGUACCGACCACUCAACCGACAAAGCUACGUGUCAACCUAGGUGCCAGGCAAAUGGCCAGCCAAAUUGCAAACCAAACUGUCAACCAAAAUCGCCUCUUCAGUCCUACCUAA